GACAGCGGACUAUCUGCACCAUGGAAUGGGCAGGUGUAGUCACCCUCCUCCUUGUUAUUUGUGUUUCUUGCCAUUUUCUCAUAUCAUCUAAGAGGAAACGAAUGCACAAGGGGAGACUUCCUCCGGGACCCACUCCCCUGCCCCUGAUUGGGAAUUUCCUGCAGAUCAAGUCAGGAGAAACCUUAAAAUCUCUUCUCAAGCUGCACGAAAAAUAUGGCCCUGUUUUCACAGUCUAUUUGGGAACACGUCCAGUUCUGGUCUUGUGUGGACACCAAGCUGUGAAGGAGGCUCUAAUAGACAAAGCAGAAGAAUUCAGUGGAAGGAGUACCAAGCCUACAUUGGAGAGGGCUGUUGAAGGAUAUGGAGUGUGCUUUUCCAAUGGAGAACGUUGGAAGCAACUGCGCCGAUUCUCCGUCACCGUCUUGAAGAGUUUUGGGAUGGGGAAAAAGUCUGUUGAGGAGAGAAUACAAGAAGAGGCCCAAUUCCUGCUGGAGGAAUUUCGUAAAACGAAGGGAAAACCUAUAGAGCCCACCUACGUUCUCGGCCGUGCAGUCUCCAAUAUCAUUUGCUCCAUUGUGUUUGGGGAGCGCUUUGACUAUGAGGACGAGGAAUUCCAGGCCCUCAUGAGGCUAAUACACAAUUUCUUCUGGGAGAUGAGCACAACCUGGUCCCAGCUCUAUGACAUGUUUCCCACUUUUCUGAAGUACUUCCCAGGGCCACAUACCAGGGUCUAUGACAUUGUGUCAGAUGCAUUGCGCUUCAUUGCCAAGAGAGUGCAGAAGAACCAAGAGACCCUUGACUCUAACUUCCCACGUGACUUUAUUGAUUGCUUCCUCAUCCAGAUGGAAAAGGAAAAAGGCAAUCCACUUAGUGAAUUUAAUUUUAAGAAUUUGGAGAUGACCAUCUUUACUCUGUUCUUUGCUGGAACAGAGACGGUUAGUUCGACCCUGAGAUUUGGCUUCCUGUUUUUGAUGAAAUAUCCCGAAGUGCAAGCAAGAGUGCAUGAAGAAAUUGAUCGAGUGAUUGGCCAUAAUUGCAUCCCAAACAGUGAAGACCGGAGGCAGAUGCCCUAUACGGAUGCUGUCAUCCAUGAAAUACAGAGAUUUGGCGAUCUCGCACCUAUGGGUGUGGCCCACAUGGUUACUUCUGACACUGAAUUCAGAGGAUACUUCAUCCCUAAGGGAAUGGAGGUUUGCCCUGUGCUCAGCUCUGUUUUGCAUGAUCCCACAAUGUUUAAAAACCCCAAUGCUUUCAACCCAGAGAACUUCCUGGAUGAGAAUGGAUACUUCAAGAAGAAUGAUGCCUUUGUGCCUUUCUCCUCAGGGAAACGGAUUUGUCUGGGUGAAUCACUGGCCCGCGUGGAGCUUUUCCUCUUCUUCACCACCAUCCUGCAGAGUUUCCAAUUGAAGCCCCUUGUGGCUGCAGAAGACCUUGACCCAACUCCGCUGGAGAAUGGCUUUAUCAAUGUCCCACCUAUUUAUCAUCUCUCUGUCAUCCCACGUUGACCCCAAGAUCUCUUUCUUCUUCAUCUUGGGGCUGUUGUAUAAUCUGCAUUCUUAAAUUUCAUGGGGAGAUAGAAGGGCAAUUAUUCUGAUCACUGACUCCGCCACACAGAGGAGAUUUAGAAUUAAUGACAGCAACAUUAUCAACAACAAUGGUUUCCAUAUUUCAAACCCAGAUGAGGUCUUGUUGUACUGGGGUACUAGUGA